AUGACGACAAUCUUCUUAUCACUGCUUUGUCUAGGCUUGGUCCGCGAUGGCCUUGGACGCCCAACUGAAGAGUGUCCCAUUCUAGGUCCUGUCCUUUCAUCAGGUUUUGAACUCUCUAAGUUCACAGUCGUCAAGGAAGCAAAGUCCAACUUCCCAGAGACAAUCGAAUCUCUCUUUUCCUCUGGCAUCAUCAACGAAACACACACAUCGUUCGCCAUCAACGUCUUCUCUACGGCCACCAACGAGUCUCUGUACUCUUACUACCACGCUGCAGAAGCACUUGAUGAUGCUCUUUCCAAGGGAAAGCUUGACGACGAGACUGUCUUCCGUAUUGGCAGUGUAUCCAAGCUUUACACGGCCUACGCCAUCCUUGCCAAUUCUGGGUUCGACGUUGUGAACCGUCCUGUUACCGAGAUUCUACCCGAGUUAGCUGGUAAUAACAGGAGUGGCCCUACGGAGAGGAUCAUCUGGGAGGAUGUUACCAUUGGCUCUUUGCUGUCACACCAAGCCGGAUCUGGUGGAGUUCCUCUCGAGAUUAGUACCUGCCCAAAUGAUACUAUUCUAGGAUGUGGAUUUGAAGAUUUCCUGGCAUACAUGAAGCUGAGCAAGCGUCCUGUCACACUUCCUUACGAGGUCCCAGUCUAUUCUGAUGGUGGCUUUGCAAUGCUUGGUGGGGUGUUAGAGCGUCUUAGUGGCCUGCCAUACAAUGACGCAAUCAAGGCAGUCCUUGGCAAGCCUCUAGGGUUCAACAGUUCUACGUCAAUCGCACCAGGGGGCAACGAGCGCAACGUUCUAGCCAUUCCAGGCCCCCCAGAGGUGUCGUCAUGGGCUAAGGACAAGCAGGUUAUUGCAGGAACCGGCGGUGUGUACUCAAGUGGUGCCGAUUUACGAAGAAUUGGCCUAUCCAUCUUGAACAAUAAGAUCCUGACCUCUGUGGAAACCAGACGUUGGAUGAAACCUCAAGGUAAUACUGCAUCUCUCACCAUGAGUGUUGGUGCUCCUUGGGAGAUCAAUCGACUCAUCCUUCCGGUAUCUCCCAAGUCGAACAGAACCCGCAUUUCCGAUAUUUACACCAAAAUUGGAGGUAACGCCGGCUAUGCUGCUGUCAUCGCCCUUUCACCAGACCAUGGAAUUGGCUUUUCUAUACUCACCGCGGGCGUGGGCGCUGUUCCUGCACGUAUUCCACUUCGAAAUGCUGUUGGUACAGCUUUUAUUACUGCCGCUGAACGUGCAGGCUGGGAAAAUGCAAAGAGGAUAUAUCCUGGGACUUUUGUUGACGAGUCAAGGAAUGGAUCAAACAUUACCAUCACCGUUGAUGAGGGCCAGCCCGGACUCGGUUUGGAGUCAUUCUUUAUCAAUGGCUCGGAAUGGCGAGCAAACUUGACGUUCCCUGCUUCUGAUCCCAUCUAUGGAGACGAUAUUCUUGUUCGUCUGUAUCCUAUCGGCGCAAAGUCGGUUUCUGGCUCAACACAGCUUAUCUCAUUCCGUGCGGUUCCCCAGCUCAAACCCAUUGUGCCUCGGUCUGCAGUUGAGGGUGGAGAGGGUCUGUUUGACGAUGGCUGUACAACAUGGGAGAGCGUCGGAUUUUGGGGCGAUGGUGAUGAAUUUACCUUCAAGGUGGUAGAUGGUGAGGUUGUUAGUGUUACUAAUUUGGCCCUGGUAGAUCUGCACAGAGCCGAAUACACCAGGGUUUCGGGUAAGAAAGAUUGA